UUUGCCUCGUUGCAUCCGAGAAAGCAAGAUGGGUCACCAGCAGCUGUACUGGAGCCACCCUAGAAAAUUCGGCCAGGGUUCUCGCUCUUGCCGCGUCUGCUCAAACCGGCACGGUCUGAUCCGGAAACACGGCCUCAACAUGUGCCGCCGGUGUUGCCACCGGUGUUUCCGCCAGGACGCGAAGGACAUCAGCUGCAUCAAGUUGGAUGAAGUGAACGUCCUUGAGUGGACCGUCCAGCACAUCUACCUCAUGCAGAAACAACGCUAG